UACUGUUAAACCAGAUGGACAUAACUACUCAAGCAGCUUUUCUUGCUCACUGAAAACUGCAGAAGCAAAGCUCAAGAAACAUGGCUGACUCAAAAAACAUGACUUCAUCUUUCAACCAGACCUGUGAUCCAGUUGUCCCAUCAGUCAACCCUUUCUUUGUACUGGUCUACAGUCUGGUGUUUCUGGUGGGUUUACCCCUCAAUGGCUUCAUCCUAAAGUUUUACUUUGGUCAAGCUCAGCAGCAGGCAUCAAGCAGCUUGAUGGUCUACCUGAAGAACCUGACAGCUGCUGACUUCCUGCUCUGCCUCUCUCUGCCGCUGCGCAUCGCCCACUGUGGUAGCAAGUUAUUCAUCAUUCGAAGGCUCUACUGCAGUUUUGGAGCUUCUGCUGUCUAUGUCAACAUUUAUGCCAGCAUCAUAUUCAUGUGUUAUAUCGCUGCCAACAGGUAUCUGAAGAUCGUCCAUCCUUCAGGAACUCAUGUCCUGCAGUCAGUGCGAACUGCGCACAUCAUCUCCAUGGUCACCUGGGUUUGUCUCCUGGCUCCAUCAGUAACUUACAGCAUCCUCUUUUUCAUCACCGAGAAACCUCUAAUGUUUACCCCCAGCCGCUGUGGGGCCCUCUUUAGUGCAUCAAUCAGCCUGUUGUUCAAGAUCCUCCACACCCUCUGCACCAUCAUUUUCCUGUUGGUCUUCAUAUCCAUGGUCUUCUUCUACUACAGCAGCUCCCGCAGGGUGUUGCAGGCACAGGAGACACAGCUGGCCUCCUCUGGCUCUGAGAAGCUGGUGAAGUCUCGCAGAAACAUGUUGGUGCUGGUCAGCAUCUUCUGUGUUUGUUUUGUCCCCUACCACCUCGUUCGACUUCCCUAUGCUUUUCUGUGGAACAGCUGCUCUGUGGGUCCAGUGUUGUACUACCUGAAGGAAGUGGCCAUCAUGGUGUCAGUUUUCAACAUUUGUCUGGACCCUGUUGUUUACUUUUUCCUCUGCAAGACUUUUCGGGCUCAGGUGGGUUUACUCCUCAAUGGCUUGAUCCUGAAGUUUUACUUUUGUGGAGCUCAGCAGCAGGCAUCAAGCAGUUUGAUGGUCUACAUGAAGAACCUGACAGCUGCUGACUUCCUGCUCUGCCUCUCUCUGCCACUGCGCAUCGCCCACUAUGGUAGCACAUCAGUCAUCGUUUGGCAGCUCUACUGCAGCUUUGGAGCUUCUGCCCUCUUCCUCAACAUGUACGCCAGCAUCUUAUUCAUGUGUUAUAUAGCUGCCAACAGGUAA